AUGUCCAUUUUAAUAUUGUAUGCAUGUGAUUGUUUUUCAGGAAAAAUUGCGGACGAUUACACACGACAACUACAACUUAUUGAUUUAUUUGUUAAAGCCGCGAAAAAAGAAUUUGUUGGGUUGGAAAUUAUUACAGAAACGCGAAUACCAAUCGUACGCUUUACACAUGAUUCCACAAAUUUUAAAUGUGAUUUGCAAUUCAGGAGUGGUAUUGCUGUGCUUAACUCGGAACUUAUCAAAUUAUAUUUAUCCAUUGAUGAAAGAGUGCGUUGGGUAGUAAUCGCAGUUAAACAUGUUUCUUUCAAUUUGUUAAGUGAUGAUUUUUCUAGCUACUCACUAAUUUGGUUAGUUUUAUUCGUCAUGAUGCAAUAUAAAAUUGUUCCACCUAUUAUAGAACUAUGGAGAAUAUAUCACAAACAUGCACCAAAUUAUACAGAAGGUAAGAUUUUUUGA